AUGGCAACCGGCAGCGGCAAAACUUUAAUGAUGACCGGAUUAAUUUUGUAUUUAUACCAACAAGGCUAUCGUAAUUUUCUCUUUUUUGUCAACAGCCGAAAUGUAAUUGACAAAACCCGCGACAAUUUUUUGAAUGACACUUCAAUCAAAUAUCUUUUCAAUAAAUCUCUUACUUGGCAGGAGAAAAAAAUUACUCUGCGGGAAGUAGACAAUUUUCAGACUACUGAUAAUGACAACAUUAAUAUCUGUUUUGAAACUAUUCAGGGACUUCAUUCUCGCUUAAACAUUCCCCGUGAAAAUAGUAUAACUUAUGAGGACUUUCAAGAGCAAAAAAUUGUGCUUAUUUCGGACGAGGCCCAUCAUAUCAAUGUGGAAACUAAAUCCGGAGCCCAACUUUCCAAAGAAGAAAAAUCAGAAAUAAACUCUUGGGAAAAUACGGUCAACAAAAUAUUUGAGGCUAAUUCGCAAAAUGUUCUUUUGGAAUUCACGGCCACAAUAGACCGCAGCAAUCCUUGCAUUUUAAAUAAAUACGCCCCUCGCCUCAUUUUUGACUACUCUCUAAAAGACUUUCGCCUCGGUGGAUACUCCAAAGAAAUAAGAGUAUUACAAGCAGAUGCCGAACCUUUUGAUCGGGCUCUCCAAGCGGUAUUGCUUAACCAAUAUCGUCGCAAAAUAUUUGAAAAAAACGGCCACAUAAUAAAACCGGUUAUUUUAUUUAAAUCCAAAACCAUCAAAGAGAGCGAAGAAUUUCAAGCCCAAUUUAUAAGAGACAUAGCAACUCUUACCAGUGAUAAACUUAAAGAAAUUAAAACCAAUUCCAAAGACGAAUCUUUAAUAAAAUCUUUCGAAUAUUUUGCUAGUAAUAAUAUCUCAUUAGAUAACCUGGCUGCUGAACUACAAGAAGAUUUUUCAGCGGAAAAAACGCUUUCAGUAAACAGUCAAAACGAAAGUGAAAAAAAUCAAUUAGCCGUAAAUACUUUGGAGGACCCUAAAAAUGAAUACCGGGCCAUUUUUGCGGUGGAUAAACUUAACGAAGGCUGGGAUGUGCUUAAUCUUUUUGAUAUCGUUCGUUUGUAUGACACUCGGGAUGCCAAAAAUAAUAUUCCAGGACCAACCACCAUCCGAGAGGCUCAAUUAAUCGGACGCGGAGCGAGAUAUUGCCCCUUUAAAAUUAACGAGACUGACGAUCCUUGUCAACGAAAAUUCGACCAUGAUAUUCAAAAUGAAAUGCGAAUCUGCGAGGAAUUAUACUAUCAUAGCAAUUACAAUCCUCGCUAUAUCCAAGAAUUAACUUCGGCUCUGGUGAAAACGGGAAUUAUUCCGGAUAAUACCACCAAAAAAAAACUUGCCAUUAAAAAGGAAUUUAAAAAUACUGAAUUUUACCAAUCGGGACUUUUGUUUCUCAAUCAACUAGAAAAAUAUCCCCGAAAUGAUGUUUUUGAAUUACCAUCUACAAUCCGAGAUUAUCCUUACGAAGCAUUUCUCCGAACAAAUAUUAGUCUUUCCCGAGACCUUUUUGAGAGUCAAAUUAAGGAAAAUAUUGAAACCAAGAAAAAAGAUUUUCGAAUAAAAAGUCUAAGGCUGCAAACUGUAAAAAAAGCCCUUUACAAAUUUGAAUUUUAUUCAUUUUUAAAUCUGAAAAAAUGGUUUCCUCAUUUGGAAAAAUUAGAGGAUUUUAUUGAAAAAAAAGAAUAUUUGCGAGAAGUAAAAAUAACCGUUUCCGGUCUGGCCUCGCAACUGGAAAAAUUAAAUCCGGAGGCCGAAUUGGCCGUUUUAGUAAAAAUUGUCGGACAAAUCGCUUCUGGUCUAACUUCCAGCAGUUCCGAGUUUAGAGGAAGUAAAGAAUUCAAAUCCAACCUGUUAAAAGAAAAAAUUAGCGAUAAAGAACUUAAUUUUGUUCUCAAUGAAAGCGGGGACAAAGAGUCGGGAAAAUCAAUGGGCGGCAUUGAAACAAAAAUUCCCCUGAAUCUCAACGAUAAACCUUGA